UGGAAAUAGAAUCGUUUGAAUAUUUUACAUCAGUACAGGAAUUUUGUCGCGGGAAUGCCAAUAGAGGGUUUGGGGGAAAUCUGUUGGUUAGACACACUCCACAGAGUAUGGGAUAUCAAUAUAUGUUCUAUUCAAUUUUUUUUCAAUGUCCAAAGUUAUUAAAAACGCUAUAAUGGAUGCCAUGAAAGCGGUUGAGGUUCGACAACUAAUCAGAAGGGGUAAAAACAAGCAAGUGCCAACAAUGGGAUGGUGUCGAGGUGAGAAGCAAGCAAACAUUGCAAUUCUACAAAAAGAUGCCGCAGAUGACUUCGCAAAGUUUGCUGCUUACAACGAGGGUUGCUUGCCGAUACUUCAUCAGAGUAAACCUGGAGAAAAAGAAACAAUCUUGGCGAAAAAUUCUGAUAUAACAACUGAUCUUCCAGGUUAUAAGAUUUACAAGAAUGGAGAAAUGGAAAAAAUUAUUGAUUCUGCAGAAGAAUAUGAUUGGAAAGAAAUGGUUACUUUUUACAUCGGUUGCAGUUUUUCAUUUGAUGAUAUUUUAAUGGAGUACAAAAUUCCUGUCAGAAAUAUUGAACAAAACACCAAUGUAUCAAUGUAUAAAACAAAUAUUAAAUGUCACUCAGUUGGUCCUUUCCAAUGCAACAUGAUUGUAUCGAUGAGACCAAUCCCAGAACAUCAGUUAUCUUUGGUUGUUGACAUCACAUCACAGAUGCCAGACGUGCAUGGUGCACCAGUGCAUAUUGGAGAUCCUGACGUAAUUAUUUCAAAUACAAAAUUUGAAGACCCACACUUUGGUUCUUUUGUCGCUUUGCAAGAUGGAGAUGUCCCUGUGUUCUGGGCAUGUGGAGUCACAAAUAGUGAAGCAAUCAGAGCUGCAAAAAGGCCAUUUGCUAUCACUCAUUGCCCCGGAAUGAUGUUUCUAACUGAUGUACCUCAAGAACGAUAUGACGAAUCAAAACCAGACAAUGAGAAAUGUAAAGUUAUCAAGUAUUCAAAUAAAGAUCAAAGGUUCAGCAUUGUCUCAGUUCAAGCUGAAAAAUGUUUGGCUGAAUUGGAGGAAGCAACAGUUGAUGAUCCAGGGAAACGCGGAAGUAAAAAUCUCCUUGUACCUGGUGAUUUCAUGAAAUCAUCUCUUGCAUUAUCUCAUGCAUCAUCGAUUGCCAUAACAACCGGUUUUCCAUGUCAUGAUCAUGAACCACCUGAUGAAACUGAUGGCUUACCUGGUGUGUACAGUUUAGCAGGAAUGCUCCAAGCACUUGGGAAAGAAAUCACUUUGAUUGUCGAUAAAGCCGGGCUUAAAAUGAACAUUGAAAUUAUGAAGAAACAAGUUGAUGCAGGAAUCUUGCAAAAAGAAAUAAAAGUCAUUUCGUAUAUUGGCAGCGACGGCACUGAACAUGCACUCACCAAUGACGAUGGAAGACCAAUAUAUGAUGUUAUUCUAGCUACUGAAAGAUGUGGGUCGACAGAAAAUGGCAAGUACUACACAAUGAAAGGCAAAGAUAUUUCAGCCCAAGUUGGGAUCCAAUUGGAUCAACAUGGUUUAAGAGGUGUUGGUGAUGGAGGAAAUGAGCUAGGAAUGGGUAAAGUUAUCGACAAAGUAAAGAAAUUCAUUCCAAAUGGUGAAACUAUCGCUUGUGAUGUGCAGCUGAUCUUGUAUAGCGCUGAGCUCAAAGACCAGUAA